AUGAGGACGGCGGCGGCGCUGUUGAUUGUGACCCUGAUCUGUUGGGCGGCCUUGGUGCGCGCAUCGCACAUCGUUUACCCGGAGCUUCAGUCUUUGGAGGCCAAGGAGGUGGACAAGGAGCUACGCACCGGGUACCACUUCCAGCCUCCUAAGCAUUGGAUCAAUGAUCCGAAUGGGCCGAUGUAUUACAAGGGCUUGUACCACCUCUUCUACCAGUACAACCCCAAGGGCGCCGUGUGGGGCAACAUCAUUUGGGCGCACUCGGUGUCGACGGACCUGAUCGACUGGGUGGCGCUGGAGCCCGCGAUCUACCCGUCCAAGCCGUUCGACGUCAAGGGCUGCUGGUCGGGCUCCGCCACCGUGCUGCCCAGCGGCAUGCCCGUCAUCAUGUACACCGGCAUCGACCCCCGCGAGCGGCAGGUGCAGAACGUGGCCUACCCGGCCAACCUCUCCGACCCUUUCCUCCGCCAGUGGAUCAAGCCCACCUACAACCCCAUCAUCUUCCCCGAUGAGGGCAUCAACGCCAGCGCCUUCCGUGAUCCCACCACUGCCUGGUACGGGCCAGACGGACACUGGAGGUUGAUUGUGGGCAGCAAGGAGUACAUGAGGGGGAUCGCGAUACUGUACCGGAGCCGGGACUUCAAGAUUUGGGUGAAGGCGCACCACUCGCUGCACGCGGGGGACACGGGGAUGUGGGAGUGCCCGGACUUCUACCCCGUGGCGGUGGCCGGUGGCAGCCGCCCCCACCGGAGCGGCGUGGACACGACGGAGCUGCACAACCGCACCGUGGCGGAGGAGGUGAAGUACGUGCUGAAGGUGAGCCUGGACCUGACGCGGUACGAGUACUACACCGUCGGCACCUACGACCACGGCAAGGACCGCUACACCCCGGACCCCCUCUUCCCGGACAACGACUACGGCCUCCGCUACGACUACGGCGACUUCUACGCCUCCAAGACCUUCUUCGACCCGGCCAAGAAGCGCCGAGUGCUGUGGGGAUGGGCCAACGAGUCUGACACCGUCCCCGACGACCGACAAAAGGGCUGGGCUGGCAUCCAGGCGAUACCGAGGAAGAUCUUCCUAUCGCGGAGCGGUAGGCAGCUGAUCCAGUGGCCGGUGGAGGAGAUCAAGUCGCUGCGCGGGAACCACGUCAAUGUCAGCAACAAGGCCGUCAAGAGCGGCAACUACUUCAAGGUCACCGGAUUCAAAUCCGUGCAGUCGGACGUGGAGGCGGCGUUCGCGAUCAAGAACCUGGACAAGGCGGAGAAGUUCGACCCGGCGUGGCGGACCGACGCGCAGGGGCUGUGCAAGAAGCUCAACUCGCACGUCAAGGGCGGCGUGGGGCCGUUCGGGCUCUGGCUGUUGGCCUCCGACGACCUCAAGGAGAGGACGGCCGUCUUCUUCAGGGUGUUCAAGACCAACGACACUAACUACGUCGUCCUCAUGUGCAAUGACCCUACAAGGUCGUCCUACGAGUCAAAGAUCUACAGGCCGACCUUUGCAGGCUUCGUGAACAUCGACAUUGCCAAGACCAAGAAGAUCGCUCUAAGGACACUGAUCGACCACUCCGUGGUGGAGAGCUUCGGAGCUGGUGGCAAGACGUGCAUCCUCACCAGGGUCUACCCGAGGAAGGCCAUCGGCGACGACGCGCAACUCUUCGUCUUCAAUAACGGCGAGUCGGAGAUCAAGGUCACGAACCUGCACGCGUGGGAGAUGAAGACGCCAACGAUGAACCAGCCGGAGUAG